UGAGUUUGCACUUUUGCAGAUGAGGCGGGCGCCGGCGAACAGGUUCUCGAUAUAUUUUUAAAAACAUUUAGAAAUUUAAUCAAGUAAGGCGUGAAUUCAGUAUGUCUCAUUUUAAAUUGGUGUCGUCGACGAAAGCUUCCGAUGUGAUUCCUGUAAACAAAUAUGUGUCAGAGAAGACCGGUAUCACGGUGAUCAUUGCAGGAGUCGAGGGACCUCUAGUCAACGGAUUCUUUUGUCUUGCGACGGAAGCCCACGAUGACGAUGGCCUCCCUCACACAUUGGAGCAUCUUAUUUUCCUCGGCUCUGAGAGAUACCCUUACAAAGGUAUCUUAGAUCUACUGGCCAACCGUUGUAUGGCUCACGGUACCAAUGCAUGGACGGAUACAGACCACACAUGCUAUACUGUAUACACUGCGGGAGACGCAGGCAUGUUGACACUGCUGCCCAUAUACCUGGACCAUAUACUGAGGCCUACGCUCACUGAUCACGGUUUCAUUACUGAAGUACACCAUAUUGAUGGAGAUGGUGAGGAUGCUGGGGUGGUGUACUGUGAGAUGCAGGGCAGAGAGAAUAAUGCUACUAGUAGAUGUGACCUCCAGUUACUGCGUGCCAUGUAUCCCGACAGUGGUUACUCAGCUGAAACAGGUGGUAUUAUGAAGAACCUUAGAACUUCCACUGAUAAUACUAAGGUCAGGAAUUUCCACAAGCAGUUCUACCGUGCUGAAAACUUGACCAUCAUUUUAACCGGUCAGAUAGAAGCAGAGGACGUCUUUGCAGCACUGGCUACUGUGGAAGAUGACAUCAUUGCUAAGAAAGCAAAUGAACCUCAAGAAGAGUGGGUGAAGCCAUGGACGACCAUUCCCCCGCCUCCGAAUUACGGCGAGCUGAAGGUGCAGUGGCCGGCAGACACUGAAGAUUGUGGUCAGGUGAUAUUCGGAUGGCGCGGUCCGCUGCUAACAGAAGCUAGCGCACUGAAGGAUCUGACGGGAUGUGCGAUUCUGCUGCGUUACCUGUGCGACACCGCUGCGGCGCCGCUGCAACGAUGCCUCGUGGAGAGAGAAGACGCCUUGGCUGGAGACAUAUCGUACAACCUAACAGAAAAUAUAGCUUCACUCAUCAAGAUUGAGCUGGAAAAUGUACCCAUGGACAAGUUAGAACAAGCCCGUGAUGAUGCACUGAAGUGCUUAAAGACAGUGUGCGUCGGUGAAGAGGCAUUGGACAUGGAUCGCCUGCGCAGAUUGCUGAGAAAACAGCUGCGUGAAGCCAUCGCGAGCUUGGAGUCAGACCCGCAUCAUGCUGUGGCCUUCAGAUGUAUUGGUGAUGCGUUGUAUUCACAGAAUGAGGACCAUUUCAUCUCCCGCAUGAACCCUCAAACCGACCUGGUUGCGCUACUGGAAGAGUCUUCGGAGUACUGGCUGAGUCUGCUGCAGAAGUACUUCACUGAUGAUCUUGUCACCAUCAUGGGAUCUCCUAGCAUUGACCUACAAACUAAAAUGGCAGAAGAAGAAAAGUCCAGAAUAGAAGAGCAAAGAGCGCAGCUGGGUGAGACCGGACUCGCUGAGAAGGCGGCGCGGUUACAGGAGGCCAUGGACUUCAAUGAGCGUCCUCCGCCCCCGGGUACUCUAGCAUCAGUGCCAGUCCCGCCGUGCUCAUUCAAAUGUCACAACAUAAACUCCUGGAGCUCGGACGGAGAGAACUGUCCCCACUUCGACCUCAAGGAGAUACCCAUGUACGCUAGAGUGCACAGCUUGAAGACCAACUUCGUCUAUAUCAACCUAAUCUUCGACACGAGCUCAGUAGACGAAUCCUCCCGCAAAUGGCUGCCUCUGCACAUGAACGGCCUCGCGGAGUGUCCCGUCCGCCGCGGCGACACGCUCGUGCCUCAUGAAGAUGUCAUCUCCGAGACUGAACAGCUCACCGUCAUGUUCGGCAAUAAUGUUGGCUUUGAGAGAAUUGGCAACUUCUCUGUGGGACACUUCGGCAAUUUUGUGCAUAUUGAGACUAGGUGCGAACCCCAAGACUACGAAGCUGUAGUGAACCAUUUGUACGAGAUUCUGUUUGCAGCUGAAAUCACGAAAGAAAGACUGCUAGUGUUCGCACAAAGAUUAAUCAACGAUGUCGCACAGGUAAGAAGAUCAGGCGACAAGAUGAUGUACGACGCUCUCCGCGAUUCAAUCUACAGCAAAAACAGCAACAUGCACUGGUGCACCGUCCUCAGGCAACAGAAGUUCCUCAAAGAGCUGAUAGAACAGCUCAAUGCUGGAGGCGACUCAGCCGAGGCAGCACUCUUGGAAGCCAGGAAGACUUUCAAGAGCAUCACCCAGGAUGUGUGGCUCCAUAUCGCGUCGGACUUCGAGAGAUAUAAGCUCAGUACGGAACCUUGGAAGAAGUUUGCCAGGGAGAACGAGAUUACGCCCGUGCCUCCUCGUCUAUACUGGGACGCGGACCUGCUGUCGGGCUGGGGCGGCGGCUUCGUGCUGGGCGUGGGCGGCUGGGAGUCGUGCUGCGUGGCGCAGUUCAGCCCGGGGCCCAAGGGACAUGCCAUUGAGGAUGUCGCCCCGCUCAUGGUCGCGCUCAACUAUUUCACACAGCUUGAGGGUCCGAUGUGGCGUUUGAUCCGUGGCUGCGGUCUGUCGUACGGCUACGCGAUACGCAUGUCGCCCAACGAGGGUAGACUGAUAUUCUCGCUGUACCGCGCCACCAACGCCGUCGCCGCUUACACCAAGGCUAAGAGCAUUGUGGAGGAAUACUUGAACGACGCGAACUUUGACGAGGAUUUGUUCGAGUCUGCCAAGAGUACCGUCCUCUUCGAAGUGGUGGAGAAUGAGAAGUGUCCCGCCGAUGUCGUCAAACGAUCGUUGCUCAACUAUCUGUACAGAGUCGGGGCUACUUACAAUAAUGAGCUUGUUCGUGCGAUAUCAGCAGUAACGCCCGAGGCGGCCACAGCGGCGGCCACGCGGUGGCUGCCCGCGCUGUUCGACGUGUCGCAAGGCAAGCUGGCCAUCGUCUGCAACCCCACCAAAGCCAAAGACAUGUACACGGCUUUUGAGAAAAUGAACGUGAAAUUGGACGUCUUCGAAUCCAUGGAAGCGUCGCAUUUUAACAACUAAGUACAUACGACACUAGGUGCUCCUAAGUGUAAAAUUAAUUGUUAUAUUAACACAAAGCUAUUUUAUCGUUUUUUAUUGUAUUUCAAUUAUAAUUAUAACACAUGUUAUCAGCAAUGCAAGACAGAUGUGUGUAAUUUUACAAAUGUAUUGUUGUUUCUUGUACUGCUUGGCUGUGCCUCACGUAUUUUAAGGAAAAUAUUCAUAAGUAAUUCUUUAUAUAACAAUUCGCAAUUUUAAAAGAUUUUUAUUGAAUAAAAUACGUAUACAAUA